AUGAUUAUUUUUACACUAUUCACUAUUAUAUAGUCAUAAAUAGCACAAUUAUCAUUAUAUGGAGAAGGUAUUAGAGAAUAACUUGUUCAAAUUAUUGAUGAAAAUUAACUAGAUUGUUAAACAAUUCAAUUAUUAAUCACUAGAGGAUUUGGAUAGCAUAUUCUUGAUUUAAUUGCAGAUGAAUAGAUCAUAUUAGAAUCUCAUUUAUAAUGUGCUAAAUAAUCUAUUUAAAAUGAUCUAUUACAAUUACAAUAACUCAAAAAUAGGUUUACUAAUCAUGAUAAUCAUGUUAUCAUUAAACCAAUAAUACUGUGGGCACAAUCUAAAGCUAAUAUUUUAAUUAAAGUUAAAUUUGCUCAUAGAAUUGAUGCUCCUGCUUAUAUUAGUGUUAAGAAUCAUCAAAUUUAAUAUCUCAAUCAUAAAUUAUCUAUUUCAGCUGAAUCUGAUUAAAAUAACAUCUUAACUUAAUUCUUCUUAGAAAUUCCCCUAUUAAAUGAUAUCGACAAAACUAUAGAUUGGUAAGUUGAAAGUGUAGGCACAAUGGUUUUAAAUAUUACAAAACUUGAAUCCAAAUUAUGGUUACAUUUAAGUAAAAAUAAAAAUGAUAAAUUCUAAAUCUGGUGGGAUUUAAAAGAAUAAGUAAUUUCUCUUUUAUAAUUAGAUUGGUCAAGACAUGGAAGAUUUUUCUAAAUUACUUGAAAAUUAAGAAGAUUAUUUGAAAAAUAAAAAAAAAUAACAAAAAAAAAUUGAAUCCCAACAGCAAUAAUAACAAACACCAACAAUUAAGCAAAACUUAUUUUUUUCAUUAUUUUUACAAUUAAAAUAAUGGGUUAGUAAGUGGUUUUGA